UUCUACUAUAUCCGCCACAACAAGAAUGCGCCCAGUACAUCUCAUCAUUCUCAUCCACGGCCUCUACGGCGAUAUCCACAACCUCCACGCUGUCAAAGGCGAGCUCUUGGCCUUGGCGGAGCCUCAAUCGUCAAACGCGACUUCGCAAGACUCUGAAGAAGGGCUUGAUGAAGCUGGAUCAGGCAAGGCCCAGGAUGGUCUGGAGACGGUCGUGUAUCUGCCCAAGACGAUUCCGGGGGCCAAGACUUGGGAUGGGAUUGACGUCUGCGCGGCAAGGGUGGCUGAUGAAAUAGAUCAAGAGAUAGAGAGGCUGCAGGAUGAGGACAAGGAUGUGGUUGGGUUCAGUGUGAUGGGAUACUCUCUUGGGGGAUUGAUCUCGAGAUAUCUUAUAGGUUUACUGCAUGCUCGCCAACCUUCGUUCUUUGCCAGACAUAAACCUGUGUCAUUCUCCACAGCAGCCACUCCCCAUUUGGGUGUGCUCAAGUAUGGCACUACUACCAACACGGUGGUACACACUAUAGGACGGAGGCUGUUCAGCCAGACGGGCAAGCAACUGUACAAUUUGGAUCGGGAACCCGAAUGGGCUGGGAGGAGUUUGUUGGAGGUCAUGUCAGAUCCAGACAACAUCUUCAUUCAAGCUUUGAAAUUGUUCCCGAAAUCGAUGAUAGUCGCCAAUGGAACGCAAGACCUGACAGUCCCAUACCCUACAGCCACCUUUUCACUCACCGACCCAUUCGCCGACCCCACAUCAAUAGACGUCGAAGUGAACGACCAACACAUCGUACAGUCUUACCGCCCUCUAUCGCCCGCGUCGCUCGAUCGUCCAAGCUCUCGGUCGAGUUUGUUGACGUCAAGAAGCAACAGAAGGAUGAAAGAUGGGAGCGAGUCGGCAGAUGAAGAGGAUGUUGAGAUUAGUAUUACGUCUUUGAGGAGUAAAGGCGAUGAGAGAAAGAGGCCGGUUUUACCGCCCUUUCUCAUACUACCUCUGCGGUGGCCAUUCAACUAUUCUCUUGUGCUGUUUGUGCCAUUCCUGCUUCCCAUCUUGUUACUAUACAUUUCCAUCACCGUCAUCAUCCACACCUUCCAUUCUCGCCGCCGCAUACAAUCACACCGAAACGAAUACGAGCGCCAACCCCUUCUCUCAGCAUCAACAUCCACCAUCGACCUCUCCUCCCUAUCCGCUUCGGAACAAGCAGAAACAGCCACCACCGCCGUCCAAAUCAACCCAUCCGACGGUAUAUGUACUCCACCCAUGGCAGACCCUCUACCCGCCAGCGCUGCUGAACCUCUUUUGCUCACGCCCCAGCAAAAGCUGAUGAUACGGAAUUUGAACGCGGCGAUACCGAAUGCGGAGAGGGUGGUGGCGUGGUUCCCGUGGGCUUUCAAUGCACAUGCUAUGCUUAUUUGCAGGUGAGCUCGAUAGUAUGACUUGGGCAUGGUGGAUUGCUUACUCUAGAGGCAGGACGGUGGCGCGCUUCUCGUGGCAAGAAGAUGGGAGGGGAGCUGUCAGGGCAUGGACAAAGUUUGUUUUCCAGGCGGGGGAGACAGAGUGUCAUGCGAGGGGGACGGGGGCUGUCGCUCAUGGGAGCACAUGAUAGGUUGGACUCGGACUUUGAUGGGCAUAUACAUACAUGGAUUAUCUUAUCUGU